ACGUAUUUAGUGGACGGCCCAGCCGACGGCAAAACGGCUGAGGAACGAGUGAGGGAUAUGAAGAGAUGUCGGAAGGUCGGAGAUGUUCCUCCUGUCUACCCGAAUGGCUGGAUGUCUAUCCUGAUGUCGUCUGAAUUGAAGAAGAAGGAGCACAAAUUCGUGUCCGUUGCUGGUAAGAACUUGGUGGUAUUCCGAGGAGAAAGUGGGCGGCCCUACGUCGUUGACGCCUACUGUGCUCAUCUAGGCGCCAAUCUGGCCAUAGGUGGCUCAGUGCACGGUGAAUGCAUCGAAUGUCCCUUCCAUGGCUGGAGAUACCGGGGAGAAGACGGCAAGUGCGUCCAUAUUGGAUACGCGGAAAAAGUACCCGACUUUGUGAAGAUUCCCACCUACCAGUCCUGCGAAGUCAAUCACAGAAUCUGGCUGUGGUACCAUGCUGAAGGCAAGGAGCCCGACUGGCAAGUCCCGGAGCUCGAAGAUAUCAAUAAUGGAAAGCUUCACCCUGUUGGCUUCACGGUUUGCGAACUCGACAGCCAUAACGAGGACACCCCUGAAAACGGAGCUGAUGUCGCCCAUCUAGAUUACCUUCACGGGCCGAGGGCUUUCGUUGGUCAGGCCCACUUUACCGACGUCAGCUGGGAGCCACACCCUACCGAUAAGCAUGUGGCUUUACUUCGUAUGUCCACCGAACCCCCGUAUUUUUAUAAUCUGUUCAACCUGCCGGCAAACACCUUCCAUAUCGAGCAGAUAGGACCCUGCUUCGCCCAUUUCCACAUGGACAGUCCCAUGCUGGGUGAGCUACAAUUGGUCUUAACCGUCACGCCUGUUGGACCCAUGCGACAGAGGAUUGUGACCACUGGGUAUACCCGGAGAGGACCCAUCUCAUUCUACAUUGGCAAGAAGGCCUUGUAUGAACAGUUCUACCAGAUUUGGGGUGACCUUCCGGUGUGGGCCAACAAGAGGUACGUUCGUAACCCCCCGUUUGUGAAGGAGGAUCAUCUGAUAGCGAAACAUCGCCGAUUCUUCGCCCAGUUCUACUCUGAGAACAGCCCCAAGUACGACCCGAAAGAGGAAUCUAUGGAUUGGUAAAAUUACCGUCUAAGGUUAAAAAGAGAGUACAUGUGUAUCUCAAAGCUGUCACUUUUAAUAUUUUGGCUUGGCGAUCUACGAGUAAAGGCUUAAGACUAGAAUUUUGCGCUUUCUUUUUUAAUUCAUAUGCAAAGAACAUUCAUGUAAUUGCUGUAAUAAAAGGAAUUAUUUAAGUGUUGUUAUUGUCAUACGAUUUGUUACGUUAGCGUAUAAUUGCUUCAUUAUAAUGUGCUAUACGCUUUAGAAAGCAACCACAUAAUUAAUGUUUUACAAACAAGGAUGACGAGGCGUUGAGUUAAAAUAGAUAUAUCUUUUUUAGAAUGUAAUUACUGUUUCGCUCGGAAAUCAAAACGAAUUGGUCUAGGUGAGCGUAGAUAAACAUUAAAAACGUUUGACUCAAUUUUAACGCGAAGGGGCCGGGAAUGUCUUAAACAAAUAUUUAGGGGAAUGUUUACCUGAAUACCAUUUUGAAACGUUUUGAAACGAUUACAUUGCUGUAUGUUUGUGAACCCUACCCACAAGUAUGACAGAAUUGAAUUGAAGAAAAUAAUUUGUUUGAACGUACUCCCGAAAUUUCCUGUAAUCGUAGAAAAAUUCCCAGUUUCACCCGAGGGCUAAUUCAUUGAAAACUUUUUUGAUAACUACCUUUGUUUUCUGAUAAACACGUUGUGUGACAUGAAUAAAUAAUCCACCAGUAGAAAUUUAAGUAAAGAUGCACUUAGAAUGCAGUAGUUACAACCUCGAUCCAGCUCUUCGUGAGAGGCAUCAUAUAGGAAAUAACGUUCUUGUACCUUUAGGGGGAUGAGGUGGGCAUGCGCAAGUACAAAACACUAAGACGACCAUGAAUUAUACGACGGAUUAUAUUAUCAUUUACUCAAUUGCUGGAGUUCGAUGGUCCCAAAGACACGGGAUCCUAUUCAAGAUCGUUUAAUGUAGCUUGAAACUUGCAAAAUUAUUUGAGCAUUGUAGCCUAUUUGAUCCCCCAAAUCAUGAGGAAAAAUCGUGUAUACAGAGAAACAAAUAAUGAGUAUCAUCAGCAUGCUUUUUUAUUAACAAAAACGUGUUAAUAUUUUCAUCAUCUGCUUGCUUUUUAUAUAGUUUGCUUUAAGUAGCCUAUACUUCUAUAUUUGUACUGUAAACAGGUUCUUAUCGGUAAUUUAGGUACAACGUUGUGAGUAGCGGCGUAGACGGUGGCGUGGCAUGGGGGCACGCUCCCUCUAAACAAUCUGGAAAUGUGUAUCACCAUGGUUAAUGGUUUAACAGAAAGUGGGCGCCCCCACAUAACAUCCAGUCCCCUACCCCCACUUCCCCGUGUGAGAAUUACCCUGGCUACGCCGCUGGCUUUGAGUUUACACUUGAAAUAUUUCGACAGAUUUUCGCCAAUCUCUGCCAGAUCAUAAUUAUAAGUAGUUGUGUUUUGUACAAGGCAUGCUGCGAAUAAAACUGACAAAAGAGGGAUGAAUUAGAUCACAACAAAAUAACUCCUCAUGUAAAGGUAUCAUUAGCCGUUAUAGUAAAUCAACUUAGCGGAAAUCCUUAACAGAUGACAUGUUGCAGUUUAGGUCGUGUCUAUGAUGUUGUUUGCGUUACAACUAAGCAUUCGUUACAAGCGUUUUUUUUAAUAAAACAACUUCAUUUCCUGCUACAAAUUUUGUCAUAAUUUUAACAUCUUUCAAAUAGACCUUUUGCAACCGCUUGAACGUUUUAAAUAAUUUUACGAUGCUUAAUAAUUUUACGAUGCUUAAAUCGCUACAGUGUGAUAUUCCUCGACGAGCAAGUUAUUGUGAAGAUACACCUUGCCCAACCUAUUGCAUAUCCUUAAUCUA